CGCGCGUCGAGCAGGUCCCCUUGCCUGCGCAUCGCCACCUCCGCGUCCUCCCGACCAAAUCCCGCGAGCCCCGAGGCCGCCCGAUCCCCCAUGGCGUCGUCGGAGAUCGAGGUGGUCGACGACACCGCGACCGUCUCCGCCGCCGCCGCUACCGGGGGCGGGGCGGAACCGGCCGUCCCGUCGGGGGCGGGGCAGGAAGGGGAGGAGGAGGAGGCGCUCAAGGACGACGUGUACACGGGCGCGGCAUACGGGGACCUCGAGAAGCUGCACCGCCUCGUCGAGCGUGAGGGCCGCUCCGUCGCCGAGCCCGACGCGCUCGGGUACCACGCGCUGCAGUGGGCAGCGCUCAACAACCGUGUCGCCGCCGCCCAGUACAUUCUCGAGCAUGGAGCGGAUGUAAAUGCUAUAGACCACACAGGGCAAACAGCACUUCACUGGAGUGCUGUGCGAGGUCAUAUUCAAGUUGCAGAAUUACUUUUGAAAGAAGGAGCUAAGGUCGAUGCUGCUGAUUUAUAUGGAUACCAGACCACACAUGUUGCCGCACAGUAUGGUCAGACAGCAUUUCUGUACCACAUUGUUGCAAAAUGGAAUGCUGAUCAUGAUGUCCCUGAUAACGAUGGAAGAAGCCCUCUUCACUGGGCUGCGUAUAAGGGAUUUGCAGAUACCAUACGUCUCCUUUUGUUUUUAGGUGCCUAUAGGGCGCGGCAAGAUAAAGAAGGUUGUACUUCUUUACAUUGGGCUGCUAUUCGGGGGAAUUUGGAGUCAUGCACUGUGCUAGUUCAAGCUGGCAAAAUGGAGGACCUUACGGUGCAAGAUAAGACUGGCUUGACUCCAGCCCAACUUGCUGCUGAUAAGAAUCAUCAACAUAUUGCAUUUUUCCUUGGGAAUGCUAGACGAGUACACGAACGAGGAUGUGGUGGGAAUGGUUAUUUUGGGAAACUAUCGAAAUUCGGGCUUGCUCCUCUUCUUUGGUGCAUCAUUAUAGUCUUAAUAUUUGUAUAUGUACACUCAAUUAUUUUAGGAGACUAUAACACAAAUAUGACUGUACCUUUUGGGUUAUUUUCAUGGUUGGGUGUUUUUCUUGCAACUGCUGGACUGGCUAUGUUUUAUAGAUGCAGCAGGAAAGAUCCUGGUUACAUCAGCAAGAAUAUAAGGGACUCACAAAAUCAAAGAGAUGAUGAACCUUUGUUGAAGAGGGGUCUGGACAACCCUGAACUUCUGGAUGGUAAUUGGUCUCAACUAUGUAUAACUUGCAAAAUUGUCAGGCCUGUACGCUCAAAACACUGCUCUACAUGUGACCGCUGUGUUGAGCAAUUCGAUCAUCACUGCCCUUGGGUAUCGAAUUGCAUUGGAAAGAGGAACAAAUGGGAAUUCUUUAUGUUCCUUCUCCUAGAAGUUUCGGCAAUGAUUAUUACUGGUGUAACAGCGAUCAUAAGAAGUGUACAAGACCCAGCUUCUCCAGCAUCAUUUAGUGGAUGGCUUGGCUAUACAGCUAUUAACCAUUCCUGGGUGGUGUCUUUUGUCAUAAUGGACUUCCUCCUUUUCUUUGGCGUUAUAACUCUAACAGUAAUUCAAGCAUCACAGAUAUCCAGGAAUAUAACAACAAAUGAGAUGGCAAACGCCAUGAGGUACAGUUAUCUCAGGGGACCAGGUGGCAGAUUCAGAAAUCCAUAUGACCAUGGGGUGCGCAAGAACUGUUCCGACUUCUUCCUGAAGGGGUACAACGAGGAUAUUGAGAGAGUUGUGCAGACAUUGCAGCCUGAUGAGGAAAUGGGACCAAUCCAGACAAGUGCAGUCUUGCAGAAUGGUGAGAGCGUCCCACUUCAUGUGAAUGGCACCGACCAUUCUUCCACCGAUUCACAAGUGAACUCAAAAUCCCAUAGCCAAAGUUCUGCCAAGUGUUGCAGUCACAAUAAGAAAUCUGAGAGGACCCCUUUGGGCCUAGGGCUCGGCCUUGGGUGUAGCAACCCCUCUAGCCGUUAUGUGCGGUCUCUUCUUCCCUUGUGAAUCGUUUUAGGAAUGCAGAUGUGUUAUUCUUUUUUAUUUAUUCCUGCAUGCUUGGUGCUCAACCACAGCUUUGUUUGGGCUAUAUUCUUCAUUGGUGGUCCGUGAUUUCUCUCUGGUUGCACUGACACUGCAAUGGUGCUGGAAAUGGAGCCCGCCACCCCCCAGUACUGAAAUUGCCAGGACAUUGAGAUGGGAGUUGCAUAAUGGGCUUCAUAAACAUCCUCCACUUGCACCUACAUACCCAAUAUUUUUUUUUGUUUGUCAAAGGUAUAGUUUGCUUUCCCUUUUUUUUGGUCCGGUGCACAAUCUCUUGCAUUCUGUAUGUACAUGGCUGAGGGUGAGGGGUUGUAGUUCAGGUAUCAUCCCAUUUGAGGCAUAAUUGUACACUAGAAGAACUGUAAAUUGUAGAGUAACCUGACUCCAGGGCAUGAUUUCCCCUGUA